AGCAGGAGGACGUCAUGAGCAAAGUGAUGCGCCAUCUCCGCAUCAUCUGGCACUUGCGUCGGGUGCCUGAGGCACUGCAGGGUCUGUGCCUCUGAGGCCACCAGCAACUCCAGCCCGCUCCCUGUUGCAGCACUAUGACACCUGCCCUUGAGCCAGAGGUAGAGACCCACCUCCUUCGAGCUGCCCUGCAUGCCGUCUUCACCCUGGGCACGCAGAAGGACACCACCCAAGAAGUCCAGGAUCUGCAUAGGGUCUUGCCAGACCUCCUGGAUGCCAUGCCAGGGAACCUGCUGGCAGAGUCCCCAGGCACCGACAGGCUCCACUACAUCUUGGAGCACGUUAACUACUGGAUCGUGUCCAGGGUGUCGCAGAAGAGCGCCAGGGCCAUUAGGAGCAGCAUGGCCCUGCUCAGAUUCACCAUCACUUUCCCUGAGUUUGACAGCUCAGCAGAAUUGCCCAGGCUGGGUCACCAUGUGGCACAGCUGGCUCUGUUCAUCAUUGACCCAGGCAAGGACCUCAGCCGGCAGGCCAGGGAGGGGGUUUACCGACUCUACCAGCUGCUGUUGCACCAGACGGGUCUUCGGAAAGUUCUUCUGGGAGGGGCAGAGAGGAUUCUUCCUCCGGACAGCAGUGCUGGCCAUCCACGACCCACAGCUGCGUGUCAACCAGGCUGGGCUGCCCCUUGCCUACUCCCUCCUGUGGGAAUCCCAGCAACUGCUGGUGGACAAGGAGGACGUCACGGGCAAAGUGAUGCGCCAGCUCCGCAUCAUCCGGCACUUGCGUCAGGUGCCUGAGGCACUGCAGGGUCUGUGCCUCUGAGGCCACCAGCAACUCCCACCCGCUCCCUGCUGCAGGCCCUUGGAUCUGCCACCUCCGGGAGCAGUGGGGACACAUCACCUCAUCUCAUCAAAGCAAGCAGUGCUGGGUCUCAGAGAGGCUUCGAUGGAAGACCCCACUCCCUCAUGGAGGCUCUGAAGAAGGCCUGCCCAGAGCUAUGGAUGCCAUGCUGAAGAGCUUGCUGACAGCAACCCGCAGCACAGACAAUCUCCAGCACAUCUUGGAGACACCACCACCAAGCGACUGAAGCGCUGAUGAAAGGGAAGAACCUGGCUUAAGGGCAACCAGCCAGCCUGGGGUCUAUCCAGUGACAGAUACGGCCAUGGCCCCAAGCGGACCCUGCCCCUUGCUCUUCCUGACCCUCAUCCUGCUGGCCACUGGCCUGGCCCAGUUCAGACCACGUGAUACCUGUGAGUGGUUCGUGAGAGAACAUGGUGAUUCCCCAACACCACUGCCACUAAUGACCAUCGGUGCUACAACCUCCUGAUGCUAAACUGGAACCUGACUAGCCCUUUCUGCAAACCCACCCACACCUUCAUCCUCACCCCCGCCAGCCAGCUCCGAGCCAUCUGCGGCCACGGUGUGAUGUGUGAUAGAUGCCACCACUGUGACAGUAAUGCAGUCUACCCCAUGACAACCUGCCAGAUGGUGCCUGGCUCCCGCCCGGGAUGUUGCAUGUACUGAGGCAGAGCCCAGACCAGCAGGAUCCACGUGACCUGUGGACAAGGAAGGCCCAUGCGCUUUGACAGAGUCCUGUAGAGCCCAGGCACUGGCCAUGGUCUGGGAGCAGGGGUUCCCCUGCUCCCCACUUUUGCUCCUGGGCAGCCCCCUGUUGCUUGGGGCUCUCCUGCCCCAUCCCUGCCCCUCCUGGGCAGCGCCCGCCAUAAAUCUCCACAGGGACAUUCAGUGUCUCCCCUCAUCUCACAGGCCGGCAGCUUGGGGCCUGUGGGGGGAUUUCCCGUGCUGGGUGCUCAGUUCCCUUCCACAUGAGUGAAUAUCUGGGUACCCAGCCCCCCAGCUGGCACUGACACCCUCAGCCUGAGCCCAGUGGCCACCUCACUGGGUGCCCAUCAUACAGUUCUGUCGCCUCCUCCCCCAUCCACAUCCAUGGUAUCAGGGACAUGUCAUUGGGAGAAGAUUGUCCUAGAGGCGGGACCUGGAAGCUGUCACUGAGUUUUGUUUCCUGCCUCCUGCAAUAAAACA